AUGGAAGGGACAGGUAGUUGUCUAGCUAACUCAUACUGCUGGAAGAGAUAUGUAGGUAACCUCUCCAGAGAUGUGACGGAAGUUCUUAUACUUCAGUUAUUUAGUCAGAUUGGACCCUGUAAAAGCUGUAAAAUGAUAACAGAGCAUACAAGCAAUGACCCAUAUUGCUUUGUGGAAUUUUAUGAACACAGAGAUGCAGCUGCUGCAUUAGCUGCUAUGAAUGGGAGAAAAAUUUUGGGAAAGGAGGUCAAAGUAAACUGGGCAACAACACCAAGUAGCCAGAAAAAAGAUACUUCCAAUCACUUCCAUGUGUUUGUUGGGGAUUUGAGUCCAGAAAUUACAACAGAAGAUAUCAAAUCAGCAUUUGCCCCCUUUGGUAAAAUAUCGGAUGCCCGAGUAGUUAAAGACAUGGCAACUGGAAAAUCCAAAGGCUAUGGUUUUGUAUCUUUUUAUAACAAACUGGAUGCAGAAAAUGCAAUUGUGCACAUGGGAGGUCAGUGGCUGGGUGGUCGUCAGAUCAGAACCAAUUGGGCCACACGUAAACCACCUGCACCUAAAAGCACACAAGAAAAUAACACUAAGCAGUUAAGAUUUGAAGAUGUAGUAAACCAGUCAAGUCCAAAAAAUUGUACUGUGUACUGUGGAGGAAUUGCUUCUGGGUUAACAGAUCAGCUUAUGAGACAGACAUUCUCACCAUUUGGACAAAUCAUGGAAAUAAGAGUUUUUCCAGAGAAGGGCUAUUCAUUUGUCAGAUUUUCAACCCACGAAAGUGCAGCCCAUGCCAUUGUUUCGGUGAAUGGUACUACGAUCGAAGGACAUGUUGUUAAAUGCUAUUGGGGUAAAGAAUCUCCUGAUAUGACUAAAAACUUCCAACAGGUUGACUAUAGUCAGUGGGGUCAGUGGAGCCAAGUUUAUGGAAACCCACAGCAGUAUGGACAGUAUAUGGCAAAUGGGUGGCAAGUACCGCCUUAUGGAGUAUACGGGCAACCAUGGAAUCAACAAGGAUUUGGAGUAGAGUAAGUUUGGGUUUUUCCAGUAUAGAAACAUGGUUCUGACAAAAGCAAUAAAAAGUAUGUUUUUCCUAGGGAGGAUCUAUUUAAAUUAAAUAUAUUGAACUAUUAAAAACCUUAUGAAAAGGGAUUUAUGGUGCUAAAAAUGUGUUCUUAUUACCUAGGUGAAAAUGGAGGUUGGGGUAAUGUUUGGUGUGUCCUACUACCUUUAUAAGUAGUGGUAGAAUUUGAUUUACAUUUCUAACGUACUAUUUUAUCUACUUGUUUAUUUUGGUGUGGAAAAGAUCUUUGUCUAGAUAUGUUCAGAAAUGUAAUGAUUUAUACCUGUUGGCUUGUGUGAGGGAUUUCAGAGGUUUAUCUGAUUUGAAAAGUAGCUUGCUUUUUUCCCCUUUGUUGAUAGAGUGGGCUGGUCCCUUGCACUUUUAUCCCCAUAGGCCAGCCACCUUUAUUUUCAUUUGUUCCUUCUUCCUUCUUUUUCAAACACGAACUUGUGUUUUUACACAAUUUCUUGUAAAUUGAUAUACAGUGUGCAAUAUACGGUAGGUAGAUGAUGUGUUGAAUCAUUUGUCAUUUAAAAAAAUUAAUAUCUUUUUCUUGCUUUCAGAGA